AUGUCACCAAAGUAUUCAAUUUUACUGCCGACGUAUAAUGAAAAAGAAAAUUUACCUGUUAUAGUUUAUCUAAUCCACAAAUACUUGGAAAUUAGUGAGAUAGAAUAUGAAAUAAUUAUAAUAGACGAUGGCAGUCCAGAUGGAACGUUAGAAGUAGCCAAACAACUCGAAACCAUUUAUGGAAAAGACAAAAUUUUAUUAAGACCUAGAGGGAAAAAACUUGGAUUGGGCACUGCAUAUAUUCAUGGAAUGAAACAUGCCACUGGGGAUUUUAUCAUUAUAAUGGAUGCUGAUCUGUCACAUCAUCCAAAAUUUAUACUGGAUUUCAUAAAAAAACAAGCCGAACAAGAUUAUGAUGUUGUUACUGGAUCACGAUAUAUUGGUAAUGGAGGAGUUUCAGGUUGGGAUUUUAAAAGAAAGUUAGUUAGUCGUGGUGCUAAUUUUGUUAGCCAAUUAUUGUUGAGACCUAAAGUAUCUGAUCUUACUGGAAGUUUUAGAUUGUAUAAAAAGCCAGUUCUGGAAAAAUUGAUAGAAUCGUGUAUAUCAAAAGGAUAUGUUUUCCAAAUGGAGAUGAUGGUCCGUGCAAGGCAACUAAAUUAUACUAUUGGCGAAGUCCCAAUAACCUUUGUCGACAGAGUUUAUGGAGAGUCUAAAUUAGGAGGAUCGGAAAUUGUACAGUUUGUAAAGUCUCUGUUAUAUUUGUUUGCUACAACAUAA